AUUCUGUCACGUGACGUGCCCUCCCACUGUGCCAACAUGGCGGCGCCCAGGUCCUAAUCCGGGAAACGUGCACCGAAAUUAAUUCGGUUUUCCGUGCCGCGAGAGAAGGCUUGGUUGGCAGAGGCGCCCGCGGAUGUCCCGUGGGAGGAUCGUUCUGUGGCUAAGCCUGACUCUCCGCUCCGCCCGCAGUAUCUGUAGAGCCCGGUUUAUGGAGGGGCAGCCCCAACGGCCGCCAGAUCCAGCGGCAAUGGAGAAUGGCACCGAGCACCGCGGAGAAGAGUUCCCACCUGAGGCUCAGGAGACGACGGUCACCGAGGGGGCCGCCAAAAUCGUCUUCCCCAGCGCCAACGAAGUUUUCUACAACCCGGUGCAGGAGUUCAACCGGGACCUGACAUGUGCUGUGAUCACCGAGUUUGCUCGCAUUCAGCUUGGGGCCAAAGGAAUUCAGAUCAAGGUGCCAGGUGAGAAGGACUUGCAAAAGGUGGUGGUGGACUUGUCGGAGCAAGAGGAGGACAAAGCUGAAGUGAAAGAGGGUGCCCCAGGAGACCAACCUGGAACAGCUGCCGUGGGGGAUAUCUGCGAGGAAGGCCUGCGAGUGCUGGAGGGUCUGGCAGCGUCAGGGCUACGUUCCAUUCGCUUUGCCAGAGAGGUGCCUGGGCUCCGAUCCGUGGUUGCCAACGAUGCCUCUGCCAGAGCCGUGGAUCUCAUGCGCCGCAAUGUACAGCUCAAUGAUGUAGCCCACCUUGUACAGCCCAGCCAGGCAGAUGCCCGGAUGCUGAUGUACCAGCACCAGAAGGCAUCAGAGCGGUUUGAUGUCAUCGACCUGGAUCCUUAUGGCAGCCCUGCCCCUUUCCUGGAUGCAGCUGUGCAGGCCGUGAGUGAAGGAGGGCUGCUGUGUGUGACCUGCACGGACAUGGCAGUGCUGGCAGGGAACAGCGGGGAGACGUGCUACAGCAAGUACGGGGCCAUGGCCCUUAAGAGCCGGGCCUGCCACGAGAUGGCCCUGAGGAUUGUCCUGCACAGCCUGGACCUCCGUGCCAAUUGCUACCAGCGCUUUGUGGUGCCGCUGCUCAGCAUCAGUGCCGACUUCUAUGUGCGCGUUUUUGUUCGUGUCUUCACCGGCCAGGCCAAGGUCAAGGCCUCAGCCAGCAAGCAGGCACUGGUGUUUCAGUGUGUAGGCUGCGGGGCCUUCCACCUUCAGCGCCUCGGCAAAGCAUCAGGAGCCGCUGGUGGCCGGGUCAAGUUCUCUGCAGCCUGCGGUCCCCCUGUGGCCCCUGAGUGUGAGCACUGUGAGCAGCGACACCAGCUUGGUGGCCCCAUGUGGGCAGAGCCCCUCCAUGACCUGGACUUCGUAGGCCAAGUCCUUGAGGCUGUGAGUGCCAACCCUGGUCGCUUCCACACGGCGGAAAGGAUCCGAGGGGUCCUGAGCGUCAUCACUGAGGAGCUCCCAGAUGUACCUCUCUACUACACACUGGACCAGCUGAGCAGCACCAUCCACUGCAGCACUCCCAGCCUCCUGCAGCUGCGGUCAGCCCUCCUCCAUGCUGGCUUCCGGGUCUCACUCUCCCAUGCCUGUAAGAACGCAGUGAAGACGGACGCCCCCUCCUCGGCCCUCUGGGACAUCAUGCGCUGCUGGGAGAAGCAGUGUCCAGUGAAACGGGAGCGCCUGUCAGAGACCAGUCCAGCGUUCCGCAUUCUCAGCGUGGAGCCCAGGCUGCAGGCCAAUUUCACCAUCCGGGAUGAUGCCAACCCCAGCUCCCGCCAGCGAGGACUCAAGCGUUUCCAGGCCAACCCCGAAGCCAACUGGGGUCCCCGUCCCCGUGCCCGGCCAGGAGGCAAGGCAGCAGGCGAAGAAGCUAUGGAAGAGAGACGCAGGCUGCUCCAGAAUAAGCGGAAAGAGCCACCUGAGGACCCAGCCCAGCGGGCUGCUCGGCUCAAGACAUUUCCCUGCAAGAGGUUCAAGGAGGGCACCUGUCAACGGGGGGACCAGUGCUGCUACUCGCAUAGCUCCCAGACACCCAAGGCCACUGCUGAAGCUACCCCCACUGACUGUCCAGAGGCCCCCAGUCAAAACCCCCUUGGGCCUGGGGCUACUUCUGGUCCAGGCAUAGAUUGAGCGAAUAAAGUUUUCACCUUCCCCUGGC